GAUACAGAUCAGCGGCGUUUCCGCUUCUCCGUGUUACCAGCUGGCGAGGCGAUCUGACAAGUAGCAUCUGACCUAGGGCAUGUAACCGAUCACCCUUCACAGCUUAGGAAUACCGGUGGAGACGAGGAGCGAUGAAUUCAGAACUGCUGAUAAUCCUCAAUCUGUGCCUGACAUUUGUGGUGUUCGGUGUAUCGGGGAGCUGUGACCUAGGGACAUAUGGUCGGAACUGCGAGAAGAACUGCAGUCAGUACUGUGCCUCGGACAUAGACGAGUAUGUGCACUGUGAUCAGUGGACUGGCCGUUGCUCUGAAGGGUGUGUUCCUGGCUGGUAUGGUGGGACGUGUAACAUUCCUUGCAGCAGCCACUGCAACAACAGGACCUGCAGCCAGCAAACUGGAAGCUGCACUCUGGGCUGCACAGAGAACCACACAGGGGAUGACUGUGAGACAGAAAAUGAAAUUGAGAAGAGGACAGAAUUAGCAGCCACUACCAGAGCCAUCAUAGCUGUUAUCGCCAUUGCCAUCCUAGCUGCAAUAGCCAUCAUCGUUGCUGUAAUAUACCGGAGGAGGAAACGCAGCUUUGCACAUCAUGGGACAAGGAGCUAAUGUCAGCACAGUAUUUGAAACUCCUGGCCAGCAGGGCAAUGGUGUGACACCGUAUUACGAAGGAGAGGAACCACAUGGAAACACCGACCUCCAUGACGCAUGCAAUAGAGGGAACUUGUCCCAGGUGAAAUCCAUCUUGUCUCAAGGGAGUGUGGACAUCGACCGUAGAGGAACGGAUGGAAGAACUGCCGUGAUGUUGGCAGCUCAUUGGGGAAAUAGUGCCAUCUUCAACGUUAUUAUAGAGAAAAAACCUGAUGUAUCAAAGUUUGAUAAACUUGGUAACAGUAUCCUUCAUCUUGCCUGUUUGGGUGGAGAUAUGAAAAUAGUGAAAUAUGUCCUGUCACAGAACAUGGCGGACAUCAACAGCAAAAACCAAAAUGGAGAGACACCAGUGAUGUUGGCAGCAUUGCAAGGACAAAAACAAUUGCUUUUGUUCUUACUCGGUCAGCAUGCUGAUAUGUCACCAUUGGACAAUGCCGGUAACAACAUCCUUCACUUGGCAUGUUGUGGAGGGAAUAUUGAGGUAGUAAAUUAUGUCCUGUUGCAGAACAUUGUCCACAUCGACAGUAGAGGCCGUGAGGGGAAGACGCCCGCGAUGAUGGCUGCAGAGAAGGGACGAAAGUCUGUGCUGGAUUUACUUAAAAGUAACGGAGCUGAUUUGUCUUUAAAGGAUAACUUCAGUAACGACGUUUAUCAGCUUGCCAGACGUAACGGACAUGAGGAACUGAUAAGUAAAGCAGCUCCCAGGACCCGUGGCUGCGAGGUGAUGUAGAUGUAGCCAAGGACACGCUGAAACAGCACUGAGUCGAAUUCUUCUCUUCUGAGGCUAUUAGUCACAUGUAUUGAUGUGCAUGUGCAUAAGUUACGUUGUGUACUAUGAAGGAUACUGCGCAGCAAAAGAAACAGAGGUCAGACAUUCGUGUAAGAGUUUUGAAGAAAAGACAAUGCAGUGGUGUCAAAUCACAGUCAGUAUGUGAGCUGAGGGUAAGUACAGAACUUCAAAGGGAGAUAAGCCUCCUCAAUAGCGAGUAUGGUCGCUUUGGGCUAGAGACAUUGUCAUGGACAUCACUCGACAUCCUUGCUGUAUGAGCAUGUGCGUUGUCCAGUUGAACGAAAACACUACAGUGGGCAUGUGCGUCACACAUUGGAACAAAGUGAAGACGAAGAACUUGAUCCCAAUACACAACAGUAGUAACAGGUUGUGGGAAGACAAGAAGCUUGGACCUGUGGUUGUACCUGAAAACUGCCUUAACCAGCCCACUUCCACCACUCCAAGAGGAAAAGUUAAACCAUAAAAUGUACACUGUGGAACCUACAUAAAAAUAUGUACUUCCUUAGAAGAACGCAUUUCGUGCUGGACAACAUGGUCUGAUCACUUAGCUUAACUGCCCGCCGUCAAAGACUUCACAAAUGGAUAAAGGGAGGUAACUCUGUCUCACCUACAGAUGAAAAGCACAGAUGUCAUCUCACCACUAUCACAAAACUCGUACAAAGUCACCAGCUAACAUGGUUCUUUGCUGAUCGAUCACAUUCUGAUCCACGCUUACAACAGCUACACAGGAUCGAUGUAUAAGAUCCCGUCAUCUGAGGAACAGAACUCCAGCAGCAACACCAACAGCAGCUGUGUAGUUCAGGGAUCAAGGGGAACAGAAUCAGUGGACACGAACACGACGUCUGCAGACUGCCCAACUCCACUGUCUCAGUGUUUGGCUGCACAAGCUGCUGACUUUCCGGCCUGUAACAGUGCAGAGGUUAUUCGUCUUUGGCAUCGCUGACUUCAACUGCAGAAUGUCUUUUGUCAAUAGUGAAUCCACCUUCAUAAAGGAUGCCCUGGAAUGAAAAUGCAUCUGUUUUACCCUGUAUCAUGACUGCGUGUGCACAAUACAGCUUUCGGUGGUUUAGUAAUGUCUGUUGGGCAAUCGACACCAAGGCCAUGACAAAAGCCGACAUGAGUUUACUCUCUUGAGUUUACUCCCGAUCCAGUAACCUCUCUGUAUGCCUACCAUCCUGAAGAACAAUCAUCAACUCAAGCCAUGAAGAGAAAGAAACAAGAUUGAAGGAAACAACAAGAAUCUCUCCAAUGCCAACUUUCCUGAUGAAAUUUCCCAUUCAAGAUUUUGUUCAUACACAGGACCAAAGAAGAAUACACGCCUAUCCCACAGCCAUCAUCAUGGAGACCCUGCACAAUACAGAAGUCGCCUCAUGGGCACCAACAAGAUGGACACUGUGUACAAGAUAUCUCAUUGGGACUCACUAAUGUGUGUUUACUUACAUGGACUCAAUCAAGUAUAUAUAUUGUGUGACUGUUGAAUAGUGCAACCAGGUAUGUUUAAUCAAAGCCAGUAUAUUAAUGCCAAAAGGUGUCUUUCAAAAAUUCAGUUUUGAAUAUGUGCAGUAUACUCCAAUUUUACAUCUUUACUCAGGCUAGUUCUUUGAACUUAUUGUGUAGGGAAUCUUUGAAAUGCCUCCAGGCCACGCCAGACAUAUAGAUACAGCUAGGCCCCAGACAAGCCUGAGAUGUAGGGCUAUCGAGUCACCUUAAAGUUAGACUCGUAAUUUCAAAAAUAAGCCACCCCCACACAUAUGUAUAUUGUAUGUCAGUAUUAAGUAAUUAACAGCACAGCAGUAUUCAGCAUUUCAGAGUUUGGAUUAUUUUUCUUUGGCAUAGCACCCACAAUAUCUGGGUAAGCUCCGUCAAAGGCACGAGAAGAGCACCCAUUGUACUUAAAAGGCCAAAAGUACCAAUAAAAUACCGUUUGAGUCGCGCGAUAAGUUAGACUCCUGGUUUCAAAUUUCGUUAUGCGAAAUAGUUGCUGAGAUGUUUAAUUCGUACUUUUUAUGACCUUACUCAUUAUCAUUAUUCGGUACUGGGUCGCACAGCCAAGCCAGGCUCCUGAAUUAACAGAGGUGAGGUGAAAUGGGGUUAAACGUCGCGUCCAAGCCUAUUGCACUUAUAUAGCGACGUGCAUGUUCGUGUGUGUGUUAGUGUGGCUGCUUGUACUAGUUCGGACUGAUGCCGAUUUAUAGUGCUAGCUCACUGAGAUACCAUGCCGCAGUUUUUAAUAUGAGUACCCUACUCAAACACAGUAUACUGACCCCGAGCCGACCAGUCAUUGUUUUAGCCUCUUAAUGCCGAGCGCCAGACAGGGUCACAACAAGUACCAUCUUUUAACGUCUUUUGGCGUGACGGCCGGGGACGCUCUACCACUAGACCAAGGAGGCGAUCCUGAAUUCAAAGAACCUUCAGUGAUAUAUUUAUUGAUUCUGUGCAAAGUUGUAUUUACCUCGUAGUGAAAUUGCACAUUAUAAAGAAUACUUGGUCAAUGUAACAAAAAUUAUAUUUGGGAUAUCGUUGUGUGUUCAAUACUUGGUUAGUUUUCAAACUGGCACUAAAUCAAACUGGCUAGAUGAUCACUUUCACAUCUACCUUGAAUAGGUAUAUGUGUUGCGCGUUGACAUGUGUAUCUUUCUGCUAUAGUCUGCCAAUACAAGCCAUCUAACAAA